UUAAUCUUUCGGCUUGGAGGUUCUCUCGCCUCUUUCUCCAUUCUUAAUUAUCAAAUCUGUUCUAUCGAUCUCUCUCUGCAACAGAGGGAGGGGAUUUUUGAAACAACCCUAACGACGUCGUCCGAGAUAGGCGGAUAGCCCGAGAGUUUUCCGAAUGGAUACUAAAGCUUUGGCGAAGUCAAAGAGAGCUCACUCUCAACACCACAGUAAAACUAAAAGACCUCAUCCGAAUCAAACAUCAAAAGUCGCUUCGGUCGCUGCCACUGCUUCAGCAAAAAAUGAGAAGAAUCCGUCUGGGAAGCAAACGAAGGAGAAAACUCGGCAAUUUCAUGGUUCUUCUACUUCUGCACUGCCUUCGAAUUGGGAUCGCUACGAUGAAGAGUUUGAUUCAGGACCAGAAGAUCUGUCGCUUAAUACUACCAGCCGAGCCAGUGAUGUUGUUACCCCGAAGAGUAAAGGGGCUGACUAUAGUUACUUAAUUUCCCUGGCUGAAUCACAGUUACAGUCACAAAAUAAUUCCAACUUGGACGGCUCUGCGUUUUUUGAUGAUUCUUUGCAAGACUUAAAUCAGGGAGGGAGCUCUAUGCUUUCUGUCAGGGGAAACAGAAUUCUGUCAUGGAUUGGAGACGAUGAUUUUAUUGUUGAUGAAAAUGUAACCACAAGUUAUGAGGCAUCAUUUCUCUCCAUGGAUCUGCAUGCCCUUGCAGGACAACUUGAAAAAGUAGAUAUUUCAAAAAGGCUCUUCAUUGAAGCAGACCUGUUACCGCCAGAGCUGAACUCUGAGUCGGAGGGAAGGAAUCGGAUGGAAUCUGACCACUGUGAAACAAUCUGUGUAAGUGAAGUAGCUGAACACAUAUCAGAUAAAUUGUACCAUGAACGAGCUGACAGGGAAAUGAUUGUGGAUUACAAGAAUGAUGCACCUUCUGCCACAUCUAGCAGUGAGCAUCCUGGUCCAGUGGUGACCCAUGAAGGGGCAUUACUAGUAAACCCAGCUAAGAUUGAUUCAAGGAGAUCAGAAAAAACAGAUAUGACUGAAAUUGCAGGGUCCAUAUCUCAGUCGAAUUUAAGUUAUUUUACAGACUCGGACAAGAAGUCACCAAUGUUUGCGGCAGCAGCAGCAGCAGAGGCAGAGCUUGAUUUGCUUCUUGAUUCAUUUGGUGAAUCUAAGUUCCUUGAUUCCUCUGGCCUCCAUAAGGAGACCGACAAUAGUUUCCGGGUUGUGGGACUGGAAUCUUCUACAUCCUCACCUGGUCUCACUCCAGUACAAGCCCAAGUUGUGUCGAAAAGUGUACCUGUGACUGUCAAUCUGGAUGAUGCAAUUGACGACCUGCUAUGGGGAGCAUCCAAUCCUAAAAACGAAGGCGACAGGUCGAACCACCAAGGAGACAAGGCAGUCCCUCCAGAUCUGCCUUCGACAACCAUGGGUUCUGGGUCUAAUUCUAAAGUUUUGGCUGAUUUUGAUUCAUGGUUGGAUACAAUUUAAAAGGCUUUAAAUUUAAUUCUGUAAACCUCAAUUGUGAAUACUUAAAUUGUUCCAUUUCAUUUUUAGUGUACCACAAUCUGUUGGCAGACA